GCGGCGGCGGCAGCGGCGACCGAGGCGCGGGGUGGAGGCGGCGGCGGCGGCCCGGGCCCGGCCCCAUGGCGCGGGGGGACGCUAGCCGCCGCGGCGGGCUCUUCGCGCUGACCUUCUGCCUGCUGGCCGCGCGCGGGGUGCAGCCAUUGCCCCAGGAGACGACCGUGUCCCUGAGCUGUGGAGCCGGGCCGCUGCAGGUGAUCCUGGCCCCAGAACAAGCCACUGUGCUGGACUGCAGCCUGGGGGCGGUGGCCGCCGGACCCCCCACCAGCAUCACAUGGAGCAAGGAUGGAGGCCCCCUGCCUGAGCAUGACCACCUUCGCCUGCUACCCAAUGGCUCCCUGUGGCUGUCCCAGCUGCCGGCACCCGAUGGCAGUGGUGAGGCAGCCCUUGGGGCCUCAGAGGUCCUUGAGGGCAGCUAUUCCUGCCUGGCCCAUAGCCCCCUUGGAGUGGUGGCCAGCCAGGCUGCCGUGGUCAAGCUUGCCAUGCUCUCAGGCUUCUCCCUGCAUCCGGAGUCUCAGACUGUGGAGGAGAACGGGACCGCCCGGUUUCAGUGCCACGUUGAAGGGCUGCCAGCACCCGUCAUUACUUGGGAGAAGGACCAGGUGACGGUGCCCGAGGAGCUGCGGCUCAUCACGCUACCCAAUGGGGUCCUCCAGAUCCUGGACGUUCAGGAGGAUGAUGCAGGCUCCUACCGCUGCGUGGCCACCAACUCAGCCCACCAGCACAUUAGCCAAGAGGCCCUACUCCGUGUGGUCCGCAGAGGGUCUCUGCUAUCCACUGGGGUGCAGGAUGUGGUCAUUGUGGCGGCCCCGGAGAACACCACAGUGGUGUCCGGCCAGAGCGUGGUGAUGGAGUGUGUGGCCUCGGCUGACCCCACCCCUAUCGUGUCCUGGGUCCGACAGGACGGGAAGCCUAUUUCUACCGAUGUCAUCGUCCUGGGCCGCACCAACCUGCUAAUCACCAGCGCGCAGCCCCGGCACUCUGGCGUCUACGUCUGCAGAGCCAACAAGCCCCGUACGCGCGACUUUGCCACCGCCGCCGCCGAGCUCCGCGUGCUGGCGGCUCCUGCCAUCUCGCAGGCGCCCGAGGCGCUAUCUCGGACGAGGGCGAGCACCGCGCGCUUCGUGUGCCGCGCAUCGGGUGAGCCGCGGCCCGCGUUGCGGUGGCUGCACAACGGGGCGCCGCUGCGGCCCAACGGGCGUGUCAAGGUGCAGGGCGGCGGCAGCAGCCUGGUCAUCACGCAGAUCGGCCUGCAGGAUGCCGGCUACUACCAGUGCGUGGCCGAGAACAACGCGGGCACGGCGUGCGCCGCCGCGCCGCUGGCAGUAGUAGUGCGCGAGGGUCUGCCCAGCGCCCCCACGCGGGUCACCGCCACGCCCCUGAGCAGCUCCACUGUGCUGGUGGCCUGGGAGCGGCCCGAGCUGCACAGCGAGCAGAUCAUCGGUUUCUCCCUUCACUACCAGAAGGCACGGGGCAUGGACAGUGUGGAAUACCAGUUUGCCGUGAACAAUGACACCACUGAGCUACAGGUUCGGGACCUGGAGCCCAACACAGACUAUGAGUUCUAUGUGGUGGCCUACUCACAGCUGGGGGCCAGCCGCACCUCCACCCCAGCGCUGGUCCACACAUUGGAUGAUGUCCCCAGUGCAGCACCCCAGCUCUCCCUGUCCAGCCCCAACCCCUCGGACAUCAGGGUGGCGUGGCUGCCCCUGCCUCCCAGCCUGAGCAAUGGGCAGGUGGUGAAGUACAAGAUAGAAUACGGUUUGGGAAAGGAAGAUCAGAUUUUCUCCACUGAGGUGCCAGGGAAUGAGACGCAGUUUACACUGAAUUCACUUCAGCCCAACAAGGUGUAUCGAGUGCGGAUUUCGGCUGGCACAGGGGCUGGAUUUGGGGCCCCCUCCCAGUGGAUGCAGCACAGGACGCCCAGUACACACAACCAGAGCCACGUCCCUUUUGCCCCUGCAGAGCUGAAGGUCCGGGCAAGGAUGGAGUCCCUGGUGGUAUCCUGGCAGCCACCUCCUCACCCUGCCCAGAUCUCUGGCUACAAACUGUACUGGCGGGAGGUGGGGACAGAGGAGGACGAGGCCAAUGGUGAGAGCGCCCCAGGGGGCCGUGGAGACCAGGCUUGGGAUGUGGGACCUGUGCGGCUCAAGAAGAAAGUGAAGCAGUAUGAGUUGACCCAGCUAGUCCCCGGCCGGCUGUACGAGGUGAAGCUUGUGGCAUUCAACAAACAUGAGGACGGCUAUGCUGCGGUGUGGAAGGGCAAGACGGAGAAGGCUCCCACGCCAGACCUGCCUAUCCAAAGGGGGCCACCCCUACCCCCUGCCCAUGUCCAUGCGGAAUCAAACAGCUCCACGUCCAUUUGGCUUCGAUGGAAGAAGCCAGACUUCACCACAGUCAAGAUUGUCAACUACACUGUGCGCUUCAGCCCCUGGGGGCUCAGGAAUGCCUCCCUGGUCACCUAUUAUACCAGCUCCGGAGAGGACAUCCUCAUUGGCGGGCUGAAGCCAUUCACCAAAUACGAGUUUGCAGUACAGUCCCACGGAGUGGACAUGGAUGGGCCUUUCGGCUCUGUGGUGGAGCGCUCCACCCUGCCUGACCGACCCUCAACGCCCCCAUCUGACCUGCGCUUGAGCCCCCUGACGCCAUCCACCGUUCGGCUGCAUUGGUGCCCCCCGACGGAGCCCAACGGUGAGAUCGUGGAGUAUCUGAUUCUCUACAGCAACAACCACACGCAGCCCGAGCACCAGUGGACCCUGCUCACCACAGAGGGAAACAUCUUCAGUGCUGAGGUUCAUGGCCUCGAGAGUGACACUAGGUACUUCUUCAAGAUGGGGGCACGCACGGAGGUGGGGCCUGGGCCCUUCUCUGGCCUGCAGGACGUGAUCACGCUCCAGGAAAAGCUCUCAGAUUCUUUGGACGUACACUCAGUCACGGGCAUCAUCGUGGGCGUCUGCCUGGGCCUCCUCUGCCUCCUGGCUUGCAUGUGUGCUGGCCUGCGCCGCAGCCCCCACAGGGAAGCCCUCCCAGGCCUGUCCUCCACAACCACCGCUGGAAACCCCGCGCUGUACUCCCGAGCCCACCUUGGGCCCCCCAGCCCCCCAACUGUCCAUGAACUGGAGUCCCUUGUGCACCCCCGUCCCCAGGAGUGGUCCCCACCGCCCUCAGACAUCGAAGACAGGGCUGAAGUGCACAGCCUUAUGGGUGGCGGCAGUUCUGACUGUCGGGGUCACUCCAAGAGAAAGAUCUCCUGGGCUCAUGCCGGCGGGCCGAGCUGGGCAGGUUCCUGGGCAGGCUGUGAGCUGCCCCAGGCAGGCCCCAUGCCCUCUCUGACCCGGGCUCUGCUGCCCCCUGCUGGAACCGGGCAGACGCUGUUGCUGCAGGCUCUGGUGUAUGACGCCAUAAAGGGCAACGGGAGGAAGAAGCCACCCCCAGCCUGCAGGAACCAGGUGGAGGCUGAAGUCAUUGUCCACUCUGACUUUAGUGCAUCCAAAGGGAACCCUGACCUCCACCUCCAAGACCUGGAACCUGAGGAUCCCCUGCCCUCAGAGGCUCCUGACCUCACUUCAGGUGUUGUGGAUCUAGGACAAGGAGCAGACUGGUUGGACAGGGAGCUGGGAGGCUGCGAGCAGGCAGCUCCUGGGCCAGACAGACUUACCUGCCUGCCAGAGGCAGCCAGUGCUUCUUGCCCCUACCCAGACCUCCAGCCCAGUGAGGCUCUGGAGGAGGCCCAUGGGAACAGCUGCCCACCAAAGGCCCCCUGCCCUCCAGGAGCCAGUCCAGGCCUGCCUAGAGCCCCAGUCUCCUCCUCUGCUUAGCUCCCCUCGAGGGCACAGUUUGGGUCAGGCUGGUAUGGAUCAUGGGACAUGACCCAUGUGACCACACAUGUACACACGUGUACCUGCAAGGACAGAACAUCAUCAAGCCAUUUGGAGCCUCCUAGGUUGCUUUGGCUCAAGGGAGAGGAAGAAAUGGAUUAUUCCCUUCUGUGACACAUGUGAUAUGUGAGAGACGUGUGUGGAGCACAGCUAUAUGUGAUGUACACAUGUGUGAAGCACACGUGUGUGUGCUGGUUGGUGAGCUGGGAAACUUUGGCCCAGGCUGGUCACCAUGGCCUAACGGAUCCUCCAGGUCAGGACAAUGCCCCAGUGUGGUCUGUUCCCAGCCCUGUGGGCCCCCCAUCUCCAUCACCCAGCCUUUUAUUACACACUCUGAGAGUGUCUCCAGUGCCCUGUCUGACAAAGACAGCCCCAGCCCCCUUUCCUGUCCGGCUGGGCUGAGUGCACGUAGGCUCUGAAUGUCUAACACUUUAGUUGCAUCGCCUCCCACCUGCCAUAUCCCCAUUGCCCAAGUUGAGAGGGUGACUCUGGCUCCCCUCAGCACAACUCUGCAUCUAAUUUGGUAAUUGGGGAAGUGCCUGGUUUUGAAAAUCCACGUUCUCUUGCUCUCCUCUCCCGCCUCCCCACUCUGGUGUCUGUCUCCCACUCCACCUGCUCUCCCAGUCCUAGUGCCCUCCUCUCCCUCCCAAUACUCUUUCCUUUCCUCUCUGCGGUUUCUCUUGUCUCUCUGCUGUCUGCCACACCUCUCCCGAACCGUGUCCCAUGGUUCUCCUGCCUGGCUUCAGUCUCUGCAUCCUUCCCUAACAACACGACUACCUCAUGUCCAUUCGAGGCGUAGUGCGACUCCUGUGUCCUGUCCAUCGUCCACUUGAGCCAUUAUCCUCUUGCCCCCUCCUCCCUGGGCACCAUAGGCCCCCUCCCCAGGCUGACUACCUACCCCCAGCACAGGUCUGGAGAAGUCCUUUCAGCUUCCCUUGCAUUUUUCUCCCUGGGAUUGAGAUAGGAGGGUUCUCCUUGGAAGAGACAAAUGCAAGUCAUACAAGGGGGGUUUUGAGACAGAGAAAGGGGAACACAACUCAAAGGCUCAGGAUAAAAUUAUUUUCUCCCUUUCUGUGCUAGGAGGCAGGUUUGCUGGAUGGAGGGGGUUUGGGACCUUCCUUCCCAGCUGAAGCUAGAAGGGUAGAAGCAGAUGGGGAUUAGGAGCCCUGCAGCCCAGCUGUAUCCACCUCUGUGCACCUUGAAUGUGGGCUUGAUGGGGUGCGGGUAGAAGGAACCUCUUCUGGGGUGCUGGAAGGGAGGAGGUCUUUGCCCAGGACAAGGGCGAUAGGCUCAUUUCAUUCUGUUUUUUCUUUAAAUUCAAUCCUAAAAUCAUUUUCUGUUGACCGCCACCCAGGGACAAGCUUGACUUUUAUUUCCUGUGGAGAGAAAACAAUGUCAUUUAUUUGAUUUUGCACCUCAGCCUCUCACAGGAGCAUCAAAAAUGCGGUCUUUUCUCCCUGAAUGCGUCUUUUUUUAACUGAACAGCACAUCAAGAGUUAACUCUGGCUUCUGGGCCAAAUUAGAAAUAACCAGUCUAGCUUUCUUUUUUUUUUUUUUUAAAUGGUGAAAUGUCUCUCAGCGGAGUUGCAGCUUUCUCAGACCCUUUCAGCAUCUGUGUUUAUUACACUCGGGUGUCACUCACGUCUGACAUCCGCACCUACAUUUUCUCCCCCUCCCCCUCCUUCAGCCAGCCUAUGAUAACACUAAGGAUUAUUAAUGUUGGUUUUGUAUCUCGUUAAGGACAGAAUUGUCACUUGUACUCUUUCUGUGGCAUUCAGCGUUGCUGUGGCUGACACCACUGUAUAUGGUUCAUCAUUGCUCUGAAGGUCAAAAGCCUCAUUUUAUUUUGCUGGUUUGAUUUUUUUUUAAAGGAAAAAAAAAAAAAACUGCCCUGAAUUAAAUGGCUGUUUUAACAGUAGGCUCUUAGCAUUACACCACAUAGUCAUUUUUCAUGUUCUUGUUUAACAGGCACUGAGGUUCUGGUUUAAAUUAAAUAGCUGCAAAUGAGACAAUUUAUAACCCAUUAGGUUGGAUGGAAAAUUGUUUCUCAAAAGCAAAUAAGUAAUAAAUCUGGUAUCUGCCUAUAACUCACAGUUGAUAAGAAAGUGGCCAUUACUCACUAGGAUUAUAUAUGAUUUGGGCUUGGGGUAAUUUGGAAGUGUUAGGUUUGUGUCUUUGUAGCAGUAUUUUUAUUAGAAAAGAGUCUAUUGGCCUUUUACAGGGUAUUAAUCCCUUUGUCACCUACCAUUGAUGCCUUACGGUUUUUGACUUUCAUUUAAAAACCUUUUCUUGAUGCAUGAUAAGUGUAAUCGGUACCUGCUCACUUAUUUGUCUGUAUUUAGUUUUGCUGUAUUAUUUAAUUAUUUUUCCAGCAUUUUUUCCCUCCUUACAAAUAUGAUAUUCUUUAGUGUUAAGCCAAGGUGUUUGUUGAUCAUGUACAUGUCCCAAUAAUGAAUUAAUAAACUAUUUUCCAAAAAUGU